ACUCCUGAUACAAACAAACAGGCGGCAGAGCGAGGUGUAAACUGUACUCUAACCUUCAAAGAAACGAUUUCGAGUUUAGUUGUUCCUGUUCUCAGAUUACCUCUAAAAUCAUGUCUAAGGACGACGAUUAUAGUGGAACAAUACUCACUCAGCCUCUGUCCAUUGGUGAACUUAUCGAGAAUGGCACUCAGUUCGAAAUCAACACAAAUUUCGAUGACAACCUUCCAAACGAACUUUUCGAUGACAUUAACAUUGAUUCGGACGACGAGGAGGAAGACAAGCGACAAGUUAUAGUUUCGCCAUGGGACUCAACAUUCGAAGAGCUCCGUAAGCAAAUGACCCAAGUCAAUGAGUUCAUAUACAAGAGAAUCACGCAGGAGGGGGUGGAGGAAUCGGGCAAAGUGCCGGAGAACGGGCGCGCUAUGAUCACCUACAAUGCAUACUGGGAAAGUGAAAUUGCUCCGUUCGAUUCGUCGUUUAUGCGAGGUGACUCGUUGACUUUUUUCUGCGGGAGAGGCCAAGUAUUGCCUGGUUUGGAGGAGGCUGUGAAAACUAUGUACAAGGGCGAGGAGGCGCAGUUUGUGAUCUCAUAUCAUCUCUUAUUCCGUGACAUGGGGUGUCCGCCCCGCGUGAAGCCCAAGGCGGAUGGACUGUUCAUAAUAAAGCUAUUGGAUUUUGCGGAUGUCGGAGAUGAAGACGCGAUUAACAAAGUUCCGGAAGAAGAUCGCAACAAAUUUUCGGUGAUCCUGGAUCGUGUGAAGGAAGUUCAUCUGAAGGGCAUCGAUUACUUUAAACACGGCAAUUUAAACUCUGCGGUUCGUGCCUUUCACAAGGCAGUGACUGCGCUACAGUUUUGCCGCCUGAGCGACGAACAAGAACAGCAAGAGCAGCAGAAGUUCCUCAUCAAAUUGUUUAUCAACCUUGCAGUCUGCUACAAUCGAUUGAAUUACCCACAAAAAGCUUGCAGUAUGUGCAAUGAGCUGCGACGUUUAACUAACAUCAAUGAAAACUGCAAAGCCCUAUUUCAGGAGGGACGAGCCCUUCUCAUGAUUGGGGACUUCCAAAGAGCGCGAAACAGAUUGCAAAGAGCCCAACAACUUGAACCGAACAACGCUGAAGUCAUAAAGGAACUGAAACUGCUGAAUUCGAUGUAUGAGACGUACAAGAACAAUGAGAGGAAUAUUUGGCAAAAGGCAAUGGGUUUGGUGGAGGAGUCUAAAGAGAGCGACAAAGCGAACGGCGCACAUUUGAAUGUGUUCAAGAAGGAAAUUGGAAAAUAUCUCAAAGAUUUUAGGGAUAACGACAACAAUCGGGAUCUGACAUUGCCGGACGGUUUGUCGGCGGAUGAGGUCCGGUGCGUCAAUUCGUUGGCGGAGGAACUGGAUCUGAAGAUGACGAUAAGUGACUUGGGUGGUCAAAGGACAUAUGUGAUUGCUAGGAAUAAGAAAGUUUAAGAGGAGCUACCCUGUGGGUCUUGAGCUUAACCAUUUUAUGUUAUUACCUCGAAUGCAACAAUAAAGUUGGUUUAUUUUGUUUUCUA